AUGUCCCGGGGCAUCGAUGCUCCACGCUGGGUGCCCCAAACUCUGUGUCCCGUUCCGGCAUUCACCUUUCCCUGGGCGCUGGUGAAACUGCUGCAGCUGCACGCCGAGAACGCGCAGUGCGAGCGGUACGCGCAAACUAAGCACGGGGGAUUCUACCAGCUCGACUACUUCUGCCUGGCGCUCACCUCGAACAACCGCUUUCCGGGGGCCAUGCACUUUUGCUGCGAACCAAUAGACCUCUCGUCAGCUAGGGUGUCUGAGUGUGUGCACCUGGGUGUGCGGCAAGCGAGGGAACAGUUCUCAGCAUUCCCCGGCAGCAGCACGCCGUGCUUCUCGGCUGACUACACCAAUAAUGCCACCGUGGGAGUAAAGACGCUCAACCCAUUCAGCUUCCACCCGGCUGGCAUCGCCCUGGAGAUUCUCGUGAUGGUCGCCGAGGGAGUGCUGCUCUUUGCCCUCGUCGUGUAUGGACGCGUGCACGCCGUACGUGGCGUGAGUCUCGCCGUGCGCCCGGGCGAGUGCGUCGGCCUGCUAGGCGCGAACGGGGCCGGGAAGUCCACCACAUUUCGAAUUCUGGCUGCUGUAACGAGGCCCUCAGAGGGUGACGCCUACAUGAACCAAGCCGUCCUCUCCAGGAAUCCACGUCAGUGGCAAUCAGCGAUAGGCUACUGCCCGCAGGCCGAUGGCCUCUUGGACAACCUGACGGCACGGGAGUACCUGCGCCUGAUUGCAAGGCUGCGCGGCGUGCCUGAAGCCGAGAUAUCGCCUCUCCUAGAUUACCUUCUCUACACGUUCAGACUGUCAGGCCAUGCAGGGCGAAGGUGCGGAACCUACAGCGGCGGCAACCGCCGGAAGCUGUCCGUGGCUGCCGCGCUGAUCGGCCAGCCGCGCGUGGUGUUCCUCGACGAGCCCUCGGCCGGCGUCGAUGUGAUGGCACGCAGGGAUAUCCUGGCAGCGCUGAGGGCCAUCAGCGGCACCUGCGGCACAGCGGUCGUCAUGACGUCGCACAAGAUGGAAGAGUGCGAGGCUGCCUGCGAUCGGGUGGGCAUCAUGGCUGACGGGCAGUUUCACUGUCUGGGACCACUACGCCGUAUUAUGGAGCGCUACGGCCGUGGUUGCACACUUGCGUUCACCGUAAACGAGGUAGAACGUGAAUCCAGAACACGGAUAGACUCUGUCAGUGAACGAAAUACUGCCAGAGAGCAAGCGGCUGCGUGCCUACAAGGGAAGGCACGAGUACCAGUUGGACAAAAGCCUCACGUGGGGAACCAUCUACGCCAAACUUGAGGAACUGAAGGCCGCUUUACAAAUUGACGAAAUCUGGCUGUCGCCGACGACUCUGGAAGACGUCUUCACGGAGUUUGCGACCACAA